UAAUAGUAGUGUCGUUUACGAUCUAAGAACCUCGUUAAGCACCUUGCUCUGAUUGGCUGAAAAACACACUACCAAUCUAUCGCGCACGCGUAUUGGUCAAUAACAAUAGAAAACCGAAAGUAGCUUUCACAACAAAAACAUUUUGCUUCAGGGCACGUAAAGUUUGCUGUGUUUUCUUUAUAUGGAACAUUAGUAAUUUGCGCGCUUAGCGUUAAUUAUAAAAUCUAUCAGUGAAGUUGUGGAUGAGGUAGAAAGUAAAUCUACGUGUAUCCGAACUGUACGAGCGCGAUAGAUUGGUAGUGUGUUUUUCAGCCAAAAUCAGCUAAAUACUAUACAAACACAACGUUUAUCGACUAUUUUAACCUGAUUUCGCGGUUUUCGUACGGAAAUGGCCACACACCAUCAGUUGGAUCCACAAACGGGACUAGAUCUACAGGACUUCAGGGGAUCUGCAGAGGAGAAAACAGUGAAACGCAUUUUAAAAUUCAUCACUGCUGAAAACAUUGUUUCCCCCGCGUCAGCAUUUAUCAACCUUGUUAUACAUACUAGUAAUGCUUCAGAUGGGACAUCUUUCAGCGAUGCGUACGUCUCUCUUCAAAUUAGUUACGAACUUCAGGAGGCGAUUGAAACAGAUUAUGACAGAGGAUGUCCAGAGAGUAAACUUGUUUACCUGAAAGACAUUCUAAACAUAUCUAUUCUGAAAAAUUUUCAGACAUGUGGAGUAGACGCCAUCGAGGGAUACCCUGAUGUUUGUCAACAAGCAUUUUUGAGGUUGUUGGAAUUUCUGCGAGAGAAAAAAAAUCAUGAAAAGGCAAUUCAGAAACUUCUUGCCACAACUGCUGUUUUAUCAAGUGGCAAUAAAGAGACCCAUAUAAUGGCGGGAUUGGCACAUCACCUGUUUUCUCAGUUGGUACCGGGCAAGAAGUACGAGGUUGAUAAAUAUGCAAAUCAGCUUCCAAAAGAAUGUGACUGUGGCUGUAAGGCCAAGAUUUGUGAGGGUGACACUUCAGUAGGAUCAUGGAGAACUUGGUAUGGCAGAGUAGACAUUGUCCUAAACCAUACAAUUGCUGUAGCAUUUUGGAAGAUAAAAACCAAUGAUGCUGAAGAGGAUAAUGUAGAUGAAGAUGAACCCCAGAGAAAGCGAAGAAACAAAGAAACUAAUGACAGUUGUGAUAUUUGUGAGGAAGUGGAAACCCUCACAGAUUUAAAAGUCUUGAAGCAAAUCUUGGCUGAAGCUGUAACAAAUGGAUUUGCUCAAGUUAACAAGGAUAAGAAUACUCUAUCACAUCUUCUUAUUCCCACUUUUGGAGCUACAGCUGAUCAUGUUUCUAUUUGUCUGUAUGACCCAGAAAGUGACUGCUUACUUCACAGCAAUGAGGAGCUUGAUUUAUGGUAUUCAAAAGAAGCAGGGAAAUUGAAUGUCAAUACUAUAAUAGUCAUUUGGCUUUUCUUAAAUUUCACAAUUUUUACCAAGAAACAAGUGGCUGCUUUAUUAGAUCUUGACAAGUCAGGAAUACAUGAUGAUUUAAAAGAACAUCUGAAAUAUUACAGAAAUGCAGUAACAAAAGCAAAUCUUGUUUCACGAACACCUUCUGGAAGGCCAUGGGAAAAUGCAAACCUACUUGUAAAAAGUAUGAAAGAUCUCUGAGUACACAAAGUGGUGAAUAUAUACAUUGUAUGGGGUA